AUGUCAGGAUCAUGUUCUGAAACUGUCUCACAGACAACACCAAGCGGGAAUGCAGCAGUUGUGCAACCGACUAUGACCCCUGGGAACGAGCCUGCUGUAAGGCCCAGUGCUACAACCCAAGUGAAUGUUAAAAUCAGCGACGCCUGUCACGGGUCGGAAGGAUUCAACGAAAAUUACAACGUCUUAAAGUGCGAGACCGGCUCUCAGAUUUGUAUCAUCGAGGUUAGAUACUACACUAAGCAAGGGUGUUAUUCUGAGCAAUUAAUUGCACCGAUACGCCCAGAAUGUUGUCGUCAUGAUCUUAACGAAUGCAGCGAGACAUCGAACCCUGAAGCAUGGCAGCAUAUCUGUAAUGGACGUAAUCAAUGCAGGGUGUUGUCAAGGUAUGGGGGAACCAUUACAACCCCGUGUCCUGGUGACUUCAAGACAAGGAGCAGUGUCAGAUCAAUCACUUAUAGGUGCAGCACUUCCGGAUCGUAUUCUGAGACAACAUCAGAGAUAACAACACCACCAAGCUGGAAUUCAGGGAGUGUGUCACCGAAUGUGACCCCUGGGAACGGGACUGCUGUAAUGCCCACUCCUACAACCCAAGUGAAUGUUAAAAUCAGCGACGCCUGUCACGGGUUGGAAGGAUUCAACGAAAAUUACAACGUCUUAAAGUGCGAGACCGGCUCUCAGAUAUGUAUCAUCGAGGUUAGAUACUACACUAAGCAAGGGUGUUAUUCUGAGCAAUUAAUUGCACCGAUACGCCCAGAAUGUUGUCGUCAUGAUCUUAACGAAUGCAGCGAGACAUCGAACCCUGCAGCAUUGCAGCAUAUCUGUAAUGGACGUAAUCAAUGCAGGGUGUUGUCAAGGUAUGGGGUAACCAUUACAACUCCGUGUCCUGGUGACUUCAAGACAAGGAGCAGUGUCAGAUCAAUCACUUACAGGUGCAGCACUUCCGGAUCGUGUCCCGAAACAGCAUGAUAUAUAUAUGACGACAACAACAACAACUCACAACCAAACCGGAAGUAAACGAUUGCGCAGCCGAAGGACAGUAGGAGGAAAAUGCCUGCCGGUAGACCCAUUGCUAGAACCGUUUUUACUUAAAUUUUUUUUUUUUGUACCACAUGAGUACCCCUAAGUAGCGCGUAUCGUGAAAAUGGACAAUAAAUAAAAUCACGUGACAUUCAACAUGGAGGUAACGCUCAGCUUGACUACAGUUUGCAUUUAUUGUGUUUUAUUAUAGUAA